AUGUCUUUUGCUGAAGAAAGUCAAAACUCGGCCCCUGGCAACGUCCCAGCCAACAAGCUCGGCGGCGCAAGGAAGGGUGCUGAGCCGGGCCAGAAUGCUGCUAAAAGGUUACAAACGGAGCUUAUGCAGCUCAUGACCUCUCCCGCGCCGGGGGUGUCCGCUUUCCCUUCCGCCGAUGGCAACCUGCUCUCCUGGAGGGCGACCAUCGAGGGCCCCGAAGACACGCCCUACUCGGGGCUCACGUUCAAGCUCAGCUUCGAAUUCCCUUCCAACUAUCCGUAUGCGCCGCCCACCGUGCUCUUCCGGACGCCCAUCUACCACCCCAAUGUCGACUUCUCCGGACGCAUCUGUCUCGACAUCCUGAAGGACAAGUGGACCGCAGCAUACAACAUCCAGACCGUGCUGCUGAGUCUGCAAUCUCUGCUGGGAGAGCCAAACAAUGCAUCUCCCCUGAACGGCGAGGCUGCUGAGCUCUGGGACAACGACCCAACUCUCUUCAAGACCAAGGUUAUGGACCGUCACAAGGACGUUGAGGACGAUUGA